AUGGCUAUGCUUUCCAAUGGAGCCGCGCAAUCAAUCGACACAUAUCCACUCAGACUCGCAGUUCAACCAAAGUGCGGAACCCUUGGCUCGUCUCAGUUCAACAAUUUCAACACAGGGAUCAACCUGAGAAGAAUCAAAACAAUAUAUGGAUUUGGUGAUAGCUACAUGAGCAAUGGACAACACAUCGGAAGUCACCCACCACCAGCGGUACAUGAUCCCAGUAGCCCGAAAUACGGUCAGCGGGCUUCGAAUGGCCUAGUAUGGAUUGAACAAUUUGGCCAUCAGAUUGGCGCUCUCGUAAAGGAUUAUGCAGCCGGUGGCGCGUCAGUCUCGAGCGCACUCUCGCCUACCGAUACUCAGCAAACAGACAUGAUUGGACAUGUCCAAACGUUCUUGGGCCAGCAUAAUCACAUCGACACAGAUUCCUCGAUGGUCUUGAUUUCGUACGGAAUCAAUGAUUGGGCCUCUGCCUCCCGACGUGGAGCAAAACUCUCCAGUUCAGCCUUAGAGCUUCUUCGUCAAACCGAACGCCUCGUACAAGCUGGGUUUCGGAAUUUAGUCAUUCUUUCACCCCCCAUGAUAUCUGAACCAUUGACCGAGUUCAACAAUAUCAUAUGGACUGGUUUAAAGGCUUUCAAGACCAAAAAUCCAUCCAUCCAAUUUGCUUAUGUUGAUUUUACCACCCUUUACUCUACUAUCACAGCUGCUCCCCGCGCUUUUGGAUACCAAUCCACUGGUUCGUGUCUCAAAAGUGCCACUAGUGCGGCUGGUGCAUGUCGAAAUCCAGACCGUUACCUCUAUUAUCUUCCCAAUCACCCCCAAAAACUUACUCAUGGACUCAUGGCUAAAUGGGCUAUCAGUGUUUUGUCAAACUGUAGAUCUUGA